AUGUUCUACCGCCAUCACGACGUCGGAAACCUGUCUGAUACAGCUGCACUCGACCCAGCUACCAUCAAAGCCUCCGCGACAGUCGGAAAGGACGUCGAGGCUCCGUCAGAGAAGCAAGACCCUUCAGUCCAAGACGAGAAGUCCACAUCACGAUCUAUGGAGGCAGCGGCGUAUACACCAGGUGAGAGCGAAAAGACAUAUUUAGGGAAGCUCAAGGUCUGGGGCUAUCACGACUCGCGACAGCCUAGCACCUUCAAGCUCUUCUUCCUCCCCAUUCGACUGCUCUUCUCCUUCCCAGGCAUUGGCUUCGGUGGCCUUCUUGUGGGUGGAAUUCUCGCCUGGUAUAACGUCGUUGGAGGCUCUCUAGCUCUGAUCCUGGGAAACCCACCUUACAACUUCAGCGCCAACAACAUUGGACUCACGUACCUUGCUUCUGUUGUCGGUGUCACUGUUGGGUGCUUCCUUUCAGGUUGGAUGUCAGAUGCCCUGGCCUUGUUCCUUGCCCGUCGAAAUGGAGGUGUCAUGGAACCCGAGCAGCGUCUCUGGACUUGUCUCGUCGCGCUUGUCAUGCAUCCGGCAGGCUGUCUGCUGUAUGGUGUUGGCGCUUCGUAUCAUAUCCACUGGUUUGGAGUUGUCUUUGGCCUCGGGUUGAUCUGCGUAACUCUUCCCAUGGGCUCCAAUCUCGCUUUCACUUAUAUCCUUGACACUUACAAGGAGGUCGCCGGCGAAGGUCUUGUAUCGACCAUCUUGAUUCGGAACAUGAUGGGCGAGGAUAGCUCGGCUUAUACAGAUGGGGAUGCCAUAUUGGACAUCUGCAAGCGCACAGGUGCAAAUGUCGUAUUUCCCGGAUAUGGCUUCCUCAGUGAGAACGCAGAGUUCGCUGACACAAUUUCCUCUGCUGGCAUCAUCUUCGCUGGCCCUUCCACGGCUUCAAUAAGAGCCAUGGGCCUGAAACACGAGGCCAGAGGUAUUGCACAAUCGGCUAAUGUACCAGUCAUCCCUGGAACUCAACUAUUGGCGUCUGCUGACGAAGCUACCAAAGCGGCGACAGAGUUGGGCUUCCCUGUUAUGCUGAAAGCUACUGGAGGCGGCGGUGGUAUGGGUCUUCAGAUUUGCAAUUCAGCAGAUGAGAUUGCGAAAGCUUUUGCUAUGGUCGAGAGUCGCGCUGGUACGCUCUUCAAGAACAAGGGAGUCUUCUUGGAAAAGUACUACCCUCGUUCUCGCCACAUCGAAGUCCAAGUUGCAGGCAACGGGGAAAUCGUUGUCGCCUUUGGAGAACGCGAGUGCUCGCUACAAAGACGCCACCAGAAAGUUGUCGAGGAGUCUCCGAGUCCAUUCUUGGAACGCCAUGCUGGAUUACGCGAAAGAAUGCUUGACGCAGCCAUCAAUUACGCACUCCAGCUGAGGUACAAGAGCGUUGGCACAGUUGAGUUUCUUGUUGACGACGACACUGCGCAGUUCUUUUUUCUCGAGAUGAACACUCGAUUACAAGUGGAGCAUGGUAUCUCUGAGCUGUGCUACGGAGUUGACUUGGUCGAGUUGAUGUUAAGACAAGCAGAUUACGAACUUCGAGGCCAACUUGGCAUCCCCUCUGAGACUCUCAAGGGCCUUGGCAGACCUCAGCCCCUUGGCUCAGCGAUCGAAGUUCGUGUUUAUGCCGAGAUACCGCUCUGUAACUUCGCACCCAGUCCUGGUGUUCUCCAGCACGUUCAUUGGCCACAAGGCGAUGGUGUGCGAGUUGACACUUGGAUCCAAAGCGGCCAGCGCAUCACUCCUCUUUACGAUCCCUUAAUCGGUAAGGUUAUGGUCCAUAGUCCCGACGGUCGGGAAGCUGCGCGACGCAAGAUGCUUGCAGCACUGGCGGAUACAGAACUUCAGGGGACUCAGUCUAACCUUGAGUACCUCUCUGCAAUUCUCGACUCGGAGUUAUUCGCAAGUGGGAACACCCUGACCAAUUCGCUAUCGACUUUCGAGUUUAAGAGUUGCUCCAUGCAAGUCCUUGAGCCCGGUGUAUCCACCACGAUCCAGGAUUAUCCAGGGCGUGUCUCUGUUGGACACGGCGUGCCCCCGGGAGGACCCAUGGAUGAUCUUAGUGCUCGGAUAGCAAACAUUUUGGUUGGCAACGAUGAAGGAGUUGAGUUAUUGGAGGUGACCCUAUCUGGUCCCAAGUUGCUGUUUCAUGAGGCUGCGAUUGUCAGUGUUUGUGGUGCCGAGCUUCCCAUUGCGGUCGACGGUAGCGCGCAGCCGCUGUGGUCCAGACUUGUGGUCAAACAAGGUCAGAUUUUGAGUCUGGGUAAAGUCACUGGAAGUGGUGCACGAGCAUAUCUCGCUGUUAGAGGCGGCUUUCCCGACGUCCCAGCGUUCCUCGGCUCCAAGUCAACCGCCCCAGAGCUUGGGUUCGGUGGCUACCAAGGUCGAAAACUCCAGACACACGAUAUCCUCGCACUGAGUCCUGAUUCCAAAGUGCGAGCAGCCGAAGCGACAACGUUCACCUUUCCAUCGCAUCACGUACCCAAAUUCGGAAGCACCACUAUUUGUUGUAUCGAUGGGCCGUACGGUUCUGAUGAUAUCCUGACAGAGGAGGGAUCGAAGACGUUGUAUGAAGGGGAAUGGAGUGUCAGCCACAACAGUGGCCGAAGUGGUAUACGCUUGCAAGGACCGCGAUUGAAGUGGGCUCGAACAUCUGGAGGAGGUGGAGGAUCACAUCCGUCUAAUGUGUUCGAGUACGGGUAUCCCAAUGGCGGUGUCAACUUUACUGGAGAAUCUCCCAUUAUAUUUGCUAAUGACCGACCUGACCUUGGUGGUUUCGUCUGCCCAACGACAAUCUGCUCUGGGGAGAUGUGGAAGCUCGGUCAACUCAAACCCGGUGACACCGUUCGGCUGCAAUCCGUUUCAUACGAGGAUGCUCUGAAGAUCACUCAUGAGAAAAACGCUUAUCUUGAAGCUCUGGCAGCCUUCGCUAAUGGCAAAUCUGGGGAUGUAAGUGCUCCCCAAACAGCCUUCGCCGCGAAGCCCCCAUCCUCCAUUCUGCAUCAGUCAACCGCAAGGGGUGUACAUCCCCAGGUGAUAUAUCGUCAAGGAGGUGAUACCAGCAUAAUCGUUCAGUAUGGAAACCAGACUUCGGACUUGCGAAACACAGUCUGUGUCCAACUGCUCACUCAGCAGCUGGCAGCUGCGAAACUGCCUAGUGUGCGAGGUGAUCCUAACAUUGCCACCCUCACUGUGCGUUUCGACCCAGUCCAUAUAGACCGUUCUGAGCUUCUCCAACAGCUUCUGACCUUUGAUACGAACAUUGGCGAUACUAGCGGGGUGAAGAUCCCUGCUCGACAGAUAAGACUGCCUGUCUGUCUGGACCACUCUUCACUCGAGGAGUCGGCGCAACGGUACAUGGAGAACAUCAGACCGACAGCUGCAUAUCUCCCAGACAAUGUCGAAUAUCUCCGCAAGAACAAUGCUCUUGCAACGCGCCGAGACGUAUUGGACUCUCUUCUCAAAACACCAUGGUUGACUGUUGCCGUUGGUUUCUUCGUCGGAACACCUAUCCUAUUCCCUCUCGACCCAUGGCGGGUGUUGACAGGCCAGAAGUAUAACCCUAGUAGAGGCUAUACGCCCAGUGGCUCAGUAGGAUUGGGAGGAUCAACAGUCGCCAUAUAUCCUGUUGCUGCACCAGGAGGAUACCAACUCAUGGGCAGAACACUUGGUGGCUGGGAUUCGACAGGUAACCGGCCUGGCUUCUCUCUCAAGAAGCCUUGGCUGUUCAAUCACCUGGAUCUCGUCAGUUUUUAUGAGGUGACUGAACAAGAGUAUGACAGGAUGGAGCGAGAUUUUGAGGCUGGUCAGUAUACCUUUGACAUUAGCGAAACAGCCAUCGAUAUGGAUCAGUACAUCGCCAAGUUUGAUACAGCAGAGAAGGACCCAGAGUAUCAAGCAUGGCGAGAGCGCCAAUCAGAAGCGGCCGAUAAGUUGGCUGCACUUGAGCAGAAGCUGUUCGAUGAAUGGACCAUCUCAAAACAGUCUAGUGGUGGUGCAGAUGAGGAUGGCGACGUUGACUCGGACGAGAUUGCUGUUAUUGAGUCACCUGUAAACGCGAAUGUAUGGAAGGUCCUCGUCAAGCCUGGUGAUGUACUGGAAGAGGGUCAGACCGUAGCGGUUCUUGAAGCCAUGAAGAUGGAGAUUAAUUUGGUUGUUGGUGAAGACCAGGUCGGCGCUGAAGUGGUCAAGGUUGUUCAGCCACCGGGAAGUGUUCAACGGAUGUCAAACUCUCGCUUCAUUUCUUCUGUCAGUUAUCGACUACACUCCACGAACACUCCCUGUCUGACCUGGUUGGCAGACCUCGGCUCCCAGUGCCUCUUUGCAGGUUCUGCAAUAAGGAGUUCAAGAGACAGGAACACCUUGAAAGGCAUAUUCGCACACAUACACGUGAAAGACCAUAUGGGUGUCCAUGCGGCCGAACAUUUACAAGACAGGAAACAAGCGGAAUCAAAUCUGGCGAUAUCGCCCGACGGGGCUGUGACAACUUCACCCUCUAUCUCACAAGCUAGCGAUGAGAACAAUCAUCACAGUCACCAGCUACAGUCUCAAGGAAACCCUUCUAAUUUAAUGCCUAUGGAAGUCUCUCCGCACACAAUGUCUUCGCAACAAGAGAUGAUGGGCCGGUUUUCAAUUCAUGAUCGGCCAUUGGGUUACCAAGAGCAGACACCAAGCCAUAUCUUUGAACCGCCGAAGGAUCCCAUCCGCAACAGCAAUGUAACCCCAGCGGGCGCUUUGGAUAGUCUUGACUUCAUGCAAUUUGAGUCGUUCAACGCGGAUAUGUUCCCUGACGAGAUGGACAUGAUCAAUAGUUAUCUCGGGGAGGUUCUUCCCCCUGAACACUCACAUCAAGGAUUCACACCGGAUACAACGAACUUCUUCACUCAAUCGUUUGUUCCCGAGCCAGUUCUUUCGCCUGCUCCCUCGAGCCAUUUACAGCCAGAGGCACCUGGUCAUAUAGAGUUGAGUAACGCGCCAAAGUCGACACUACCUUUCUGCCAGAAACAACAAGCCCAGCCAACUCCAGUUCGAAACAAGGUUGACCGGUUGUUGGAUACUACAGAAGAUAUCGUAGCAACAAACCCCUGGGCUGUAUCGGCUGCAGCUCAUGAAAGGCUCUCCUUGGAGUUCUCAAAGCACAGGUCAGAUAUACCCCAGUCAUUUACACUUCCCAGCAGACAUGCGUUAUCUCGAUAUAUCGCAAGCUGGAUACGAGGCUAUCAUCCACAUUUACCAUUCGUCCACCUUCCGACUACCAAUCUGGAAUCCAUGUCACCUAUGCUUCUCUUGACGCUGGCAGCUACAGGGUCAUUCUAUGGCUUUGAGCACCCUCAGGGGUACGCCAUGUACUUCGUGGCCAAGGCUAUGAUCAACCAUGAGCUAGAGGAAAGACGCCGUGUGUCAAAUCGCCACAUCCUCAGCGGUUUCCCUCGCUUUGCGGCGCUCCCUACAAGCUCCACAGAAGUCUAUGAUGCGCCAACAAAUCUCCCUGCCGAUUUAACAAAAUUUGAUAUUGAACUAUUACAAUCCUUGUUGAUUGCCGUGAUGACUAUGUCAUGGCUCGAUGGACCAUUCGCUGAGGAGGCACUUUCUAUGAGUAGCAAGUUAACUGCACUCACCCGCGACAUCCUGAAACGUCUACCUGAGGAGAAUGCCAAUGAUACAUGGGAGGACUGGGGCCGCGAUGAAGAGAGACGACGCACCCUUCUCUCAGCAUAUUUUACAUUAAACAUUCAAACCAUCUGCUUCAACGUGCCGCCUCAGAUGACAGCUACAGAGUUUAGCUUCGAACUUCCUUGCUCCGAAGCUGAGUUCAACGCGCCGGACUCGGAAACAUGGAAUCGUGUACGACGAAAGGUUGACCCACGCAAGCUCAACUUUCAGUCAUGCUUUAAGCAAUUACUGUCUGGAGAACCACUAGCCAAGGAGGUCUCGGCAACUGAGUUUGGCAAUUAUAUGCUUAUCCAGAGUUUGCUGAUACAGAUCUACUUUGAGCGUCAAGUAUCGUCUGCCCUGUUGACUCCAUCGCCAAGUCUGUCGGAGAGUACCAUUGCGACUUAUGCUGCUGCACUUGGUGCCUGGCAAUCUUGCUGGGACUCUGCUAUCGAAUCUGCCCCCGAUCCUUCCUCUAGGAAUUCGCCGCUACCUUUCAACUCGACUGCGAUGCUCCGACUAGCUCAUAUUCAUCUUGGCUUUGGCCUCUACAGUCAAUGCGAGUUGCUAUCUCGGGAUCCUAUCGCCAAAGCCCAAGUGUUCGAACCGUAUCAGAACCCAUUGCCCCUGCGUGCUCCGCAUCUUGAUCAAGCUGUUCUUCAUGCUAUCUACGCUUUGAGGAUACCUGUGAGAGUCGGUAUUGCAUUCGUGGCACGUGGCCGUACAGGUCAUUGGAGUGUCCAACAUGCUAUCAGUCACUUUGGAUGCGCCCUUCUACUUACCCACUGGCUUGAAAACAUUUAUCAGCUAGUUCUGUCGGAUGGUACGUCAGCUCUCAGAGAGGAGGAAAAGCGCCUGCUUUCUAUGGUCGAUCGUCUAGUCGAAGAAACUCAUCUAGAGGCUUCGCUAGGCCCCAAAUCCGAUUUUCCUGACAGGAUAAGACGUUUGGCUGUUGCAGCAGUGAAGCUUUGGGCAGAAACUUGUAAAGGCAUACAGGUCUACGAGAUCGUCCAUGUCGUCGGAGAAACACUUUCGCUAGUGGCAGAAUCACUAGAGAAGCAGAUUUAG